ACACCGAGGAGGGAUUUCAACUAAACAUAUGCCAUAUUGUUGCUGGAAAACAAACAGCUUAACCAGAAGGGGUGGUCAGUAUCGACUGGCAUACGACCCAAAAGCAGAGGAGGGACACUUGUUCAUAACUAUCCGAGUGAGAGCUCCCCCAGCGCGGAUAGUCUGGAAGGCAGUGGCAAGAGUCGCUCGGGCAGGCGCGGAGCACGACGAUCUGCUCGGUUCCCCCGGUUUUACUCCACAUUUUCCAGCUCUAUGUGAGAACACCGCAAACACAUCAGCGUGUUUGGUAUUUUACUUUACAAAGUGUGGCCAAAAUAUCCGUUUCCCCCCGACCGCCCCUUCGGUUAACCACAGUUUACCGCGCGGAGGAAAAGUUACGGUUUAACAGGCGAACUACCGCUGGCCAGCCGUUCUCCAUCUCCCAGCGCUCCCUCCCCUCCUCCACCAUCAGCGUCACCAUCAGCCCACAGUCAGCAGCUCUGUGCUGGGUCUCCGGGUGAGAAGGGUCCCUCUCAAGCUCGGGAUACCUCAGCGAGCAGCUAUGGAUUAUAUUUGUCGAUUUUGCUGAUAUUUUUUAAACCCCUGGACUGUCGAAGCCUUUUUUCGGAAACGGAGCAAGACUUCCCCAAAACAGAGACGCCAGCAGACCCGCAGCCGUUAGCUUUGAGUAAAUCGCUGCAAGGAAUCGAACCAGCACCCUUGUUAAUCUGCCAGCUGGUGAUCGCCUUUACAAGUGGCAUUAGGGGUAUUUUAAUGUAUCCGUACAGCUGAAAAUCAAAUAUAUAUGCAUACACUGAUUGGUUUAUUCGUUAGUUAGCUUACUAGCUAGCAGGUUUCAUUUUUGCUAGCUAGCGUGGUAGCUAACUAGCAGGAGAACCCGAGUAUCGACACCACCAGCGGACAGUUGUAAAUUAGCUCUCAGACGCAGGGAUUUGGCUUGUGAUUUGUUAAUCGGACCGUGUUGCCUGGUCAGGAUUUGGUGCUAACCCUCUCAAGGUGUUUACCCAGGUCUUUUCCGGUGGCAUUUUUAGUGUGAUUGAUGCGCCUAUACGGAACAUCUCAGCCUUAACAGGAAGCCAGCCAGAACGGACGACAAAAACAAAACGGCACUGGUGUGUGGAUUUUACUGAAUUCAAAUCAUGAGCCCGGCUUCAUCUUUAACCUGAGCUCUCACGGCUUUAUUUGUGUCAACACGCGCUCCAGAUAUUUGCAUAAUUUUGGUGCACCAGCAGAGAAAGCAAAGGAAUUUUAUUAAAUAAAUCCAACCUGUCCAGGAGUGUCAGGUCGCCAAAUGAACCCGUUUCCUCCUGUUAUUUAAGACGAGGGGAACGAGCUACACGUGUCCCCGUUUGCUUAUUGGAAAGCUGAGUCUUUGCUGCUGUCAAGGCCAAAAAGAAACCAUUCACAUUUUUUUUGAGUGUGCAGCCUCUGUCUGCCAUUUCACUAAAAUUAGGAACCUUUUUCGACUGCACUGUAUGCACAGUAUUUACGUUUGAAGGAAACCCCCCUAAAACUGAUGCCGAACUGGAGACAAACCAGUCGUUUGGACACAUUUCCAGAAGGAAGUCCCCAGAGACCUGUAUGAUUUGACAGCUGUUUUCUGGAUCUUGCAUCUUGUGCAUCAAGACACAUUACAGCACUAACCGAGGACGUACUGGCCUCAAAACGAGCUCUCAUCCGUGUUUUCCUGCUUUAUAUCACCCUGCUCCGUUUACACAACACCCGCAAAGAAGCCUGCCGUUUUUGCACUAAAUGGGAUUACAAGGACGGUGAUCUGUCGGACUCAUACAGUACAUUUCUUGAGCAGCCUUUCACCCAAUGUCUUCCCUUAUGAAUUUAUCUUUUUAUGCCUCAAUGAUGAUAGUUUGAGGCGCAGUGAACGGCCGCAGACAACGAUACAGUUCCGACCCAGCCUGACCGCUCAGCUUGCCCUGUCAACGCACCUCGGCCCUUGAUGUUGGUCAUAUUUGGUGGAAGACUCUGUUUUUUAAUUCCCUGAUAAUUAUAGCCACUCCAGCCCAGUUAUUUUAUUGAUUUGGCCGUCCCAAGGUUGAAAGAUGGCGGACCUCGAAGCAGUACUCGCCGAUGUCAGUUAUUUGAUGGCGAUGGAAAAGAGCAAAUCUACUCCAGCGGCCCGGGCGAGUAAGAAAAUCAUCCUUCCUGAGCCCAGUAUUCGCAGUGUGAUGCAGAAGUACCUGGAGGAGAGAGACGAACUGACGUUUGACAAAAUUUUCAACCAGAAAAUUGGCUUCCUGCUGUUCAAGGACUUCUGUAUGAACGAGAUCGAUGAGGCCGUGCCACAGCUCAAGUUCUACGAAGAAAUUAAAGACUACGAGAAGCUGGACUCAGAGGAGGAGCGCCUGAGCCGCAGCCGACAGAUUUACGACGUCUACAUCAUGAAGGAGCUGCUGUCCUGUUCACAUCCAUUUUCCAAGAAAGCAGUGGACCAUGUGCAGAGUCAUUUGGCAAAGAAGCAGGUUCCUCCAACUCUCUUCCAGCCUUACAUCGUAGAGAUCUGCGACAGUUUGAGAGGGAAGAUCUUCCAGAAGUACAUCGAGAGUGACAAGUUUACUCGUUUUUGCCAGUGGAAGAACGUGGAGCUCAACAUCCACCUGACCAUGAAUGACUUCAGCGUGCAUCGAAUCAUCGGCAGGGGCGGCUUUGGAGAGGUGUACGGCUGCAGGAAGGCCGACACGGGGAAGAUGUACGCCAUGAAGUGUUUGGACAAGAAGAGGAUCAAGAUGAAGCAGGGGGAGACUCUGGCGCUUAACGAGAGAAUCAUGCUGUCGUUAGUCAGCACGGGGGACUGCCCGUUCAUCGUGUGUAUGACAUACGCCUUCCACACGCCCGACAAGCUGUGCUUCAUCCUGGAUCUGAUGAAUGGGGGCGACCUGCACUACCACCUGUCUCAGCACGGCGUCUUCAGUGAGAAGGAGAUGCGUUUCUACGCGGCUGAAAUCAUCCUGGGCCUGGAGCACAUGCACAACCGCUUCGUCGUCUACAGAGACCUCAAGCCAGCUAACAUCCUGUUGGACGAGCACGGUCACGUUCGGAUCUCGGACCUCGGCCUGGCCUGCGACUUCUCCAAGAAGAAGCCCCACGCUAGCGUCGGUACUCAUGGCUACAUGGCUCCGGAGGUCCUGCAGAAGGGGACGGCGUACGACAGCAGCGCAGACUGGUUCUCUUUAGGCUGCAUGCUCUUCAAGCUCCUCCGAGGGCACAGCCCCUUCAGACAGCACAAGACCAAAGACAAACAUGAGAUAGACCGCAUGACGCUCACCAUGAACGUGGAGCUGCCAGACUCGUUCACCUCUGAGCUCAAAGAUCUCCUGGAGGGGCUGCUGCAGAGAGAUGUGUCUAAAAGGCUCGGCUGCCAGGGCCGCGGAGCUGCAGAGGUGAAGGAGCAUCAGUUUUUCAAAGGCAUCGACUGGCAGCAGGUUUACCUGCAAAAGUACUCUCCUCCUCUGAUCCCUCCCAGGGGGGAGGUCAACGCUGCAGACGCUUUCGACAUCGGCUCCUUUGAUGAGGAGGACACAAAGGGCAUCAAGCUGCUGGACAGCGACCAGGAGCUGUACAAGAACUUCCCUCUGGUCAUAUCGGAGCGCUGGCAGCAGGAAGUGGCGGAGACGGUCUACGAGGCAGUCAACUCAGACACAGAUAAGAUCGAAGCUCGGAAGAGGGCCAAGAACAAGCAGCUGGGCCAUGAGGAGGACUACGCCUUAGGGAAGGACUGUAUCAUGCACGGUUACAUGCUGAAGCUGGGGAACCCGUUCCUCACACAGUGGCAGCGACGCUACUUCUAUCUUUUUCCCAACCGAGUGGAGUGGAGGGGGGAGGGCGAGUCACGGCAAAACCUGCUGACAAUGGAGCAGAUCGUGACCGUGGAAGAGACGCAGAUUAAAGACAAGAAGUGCAUCCUGCUGCGCAUCAAAGGAGGGAAGCAGUUUGUUCUGCAGUGUGAGAGCGACCCGGAGUUCGUGCAGUGGAAGAAGGAGCUGACCGAGGCGUUCACAGAAGCCCAGAAGCUGCUGCGUCGCGCCCCCAAAGUCAUCGGAAAAGGCCGAGCCGGCGUGGUGGAGCUCUCCAAACCUCCACUCACACACCGCAACAGCAACGGCCUGUGAACACACGGGCGCACACACAUUUAUAUAAAUAUAUAUAAAUAUAAUUACACAAACGCAUAGACACAGCUCGACACACACAGACACUGCCCACCUCAUCACCUCAAGACAUUUGCCCAGACUUCCCAAAACACCUUGCAGUGUGUGUACGGACCCACCAGCCUCUUACCCCUCCCCCUCCCAACACACACACUCGACACGACGACCAAUCAGAAGAGAUUUAAUGAUUUAUUUUUAUUGGUUUUCAUCCUGCUGGUCACAGAGAGAAACAUUUUUGGAGGAUUCAGCAUGUGAAGAACCUCUGCAUGGAUGUGGUGCCUGGUUCUCUGUCACCCCCCUCGACUUUCACCACCCCCACGUUUAAAUGAUAUGACUGAGCUCUCCGAAGGAUGUCUCCAACAGAACCAACCGGAGAGAGAGGUCCUUAUCCACUCUCUGAGGUGAUGCAGAUGAGGCCGGGCUUCAGCAGGGAAUGUAAAAAACACACAAACACAUUUAAGAACUGCUGCUCACCUCCCCACCCCCCUCCUCCGACCCUAACUGUUCCUCCCUCAGUUACUGAAGUGCAUAAAGUGCCAAUGUGGAUGUUUUACUUGAGUCACCUGAGCGGCUGUUUGUGGGCGGCGGCCGAUCAUUCCAGCCCAGAAAACGGGAAGGACCACAGACUCUUUCAGAUUGGCUCCCUCGCAGCCAGUUACCAUGGAGACUGAGAUUCCAUUGGCUGUCAAACAGCAGCCGGUUGCUAUGGGAACCAUGAAGACCCGUGUACCUGGGGACCGGUUACCAUGGACAACGGUGUAACUAUUGUGUAUGAAGGCUUGUGGAGUGGGGGGUGUUAGGGUGGGAGGGGGCGGGGACUCCUGAGUGUAUAUAAGCAACUCUUUUCUCUCUGUGCAUCUCCAGUGUUUUAGUCCAGUGUGUUUGCAUCGUCUGGGACGUCUGUCUGCCUGUCCGUGAAUCUGUCUGGGCUUUCGGGGUGGGGGAGGAAGAGGGAAUUUCCUGCAGGUUGGGUGUGAUUGUGGGGAGUGGACAGGCAGGAGUCAGACCGCUUUCAAUCACUUGCAGUGCUGCAUUGCCUCCGCUGGACUGUGUCAGACAUCAUCAUCAUCACACAAUCAUCCCGAUAGGUUUACAACAUCAUCCAGGGAGGAGGAGAAAGAGGACAAAACUAAAUCAAACCCCCCCCCCCACCCCCACCCCCCACCCCCCUAAUGAAUUGCUGUCACGGUUAAAGUUUUAUUCACAAUUGUGUUUUUUAAGCUGGCCUACAUUUCCCAGAAUUCCCUGCAUGUGCAGCCCAGUCUGCAUUGAGCUGUAAUAUUAAUCUGCUGAUUCUAAAUUAUUUGGCACCAAAAUAUCAGAAACAAAUGCUGGAAACCCUACAACAACCCAUAUUCAGUCAGGAGUCCCAAAAUAUUUAGUUGACUAUCAGAAACCUCUGAGAAGCUCCAUCCGAGGAGGUAGUUCAUCUGUAAACUGAAGCUUUUUGUGUCCAGACAGAGAACCUAAGCAGACAGCAGAUUUACUGUUAGGUAAGGACAAAUCUGCAGCCAGCCAAUCACAUACAUUUGAAAUAUCCACAUCUUUUUUUAAAUGUGUAUAAAAUCCUAAAGAUUUUUUUAACAUUUAAGAACAUUUGCAAGUUAAAUAUUGCCAACUGGAGCAGAAGCUGGACUCAAACAAUCGUUUCAAACGUCAGCUUUCUCUGAUUGUGACGCGUUUCAGAUGAGGCAUAAAGUUUUUGAUCAUUUACGAUUCUGAAAUUUUAUCUGAAGGACACAAUGUUUCAGAGUGGCAGCGAUAGGAGGAUGAGGUUCAGAUCUCUUCAGGGCUUUUUAUUUCUCAUGCAGUUGUGUCCUCGUCUGUGACGUCCAUGCAUUUCCGGAGCUGUGAUGUAAGACCUUCAGUAGGAAAAGGGUCGAUUAGGGUGCAUUGUGAUUGCUUUUAUUUUCUUUGUAGCCUUUACCAGUCAGUCAGGGGGAGAUUCUUAUCGUCUUAUAGAGAAAUUUUGCCACCUCUUAAGGUGUCUUUUUAUUUUUGUAAACCAAAUUUUUUUUAAAUAGUUUUCAUUGAAAUUUAUGUUGUUGCACCUUUUUGCCCAAUGUGUUACUUAAUAGUUGUUAAAUGUGCCAAAUAACUGUUUGUGAGUGAGCGGGACCGACGGGAAGCUUCGCACCGCCAACAUGAAUUCACACAUGAACUUUACGGUGGAAGUUCUGGUGAAGGGUACAAAAAAAAAAAAAAAAAAAAAACUGUGACCAAACAUGUGCACGGCUCUGGCUGUCCACCGUGUUGCCAUGGAGACCGGACGCACACCCUCCCCCAGCUCCCUGAGUUUUUAUUUUCCACACUGUGUGUAUGUCAUGUGAGUGUGUGAGUGAUACGUGAGCCACGUUAACGCCUCGUAUGCUCAUCCAGUGGACUUCUUUAUUUUUAUGUCACACAUAGAUCCUCUGCUCAGACACGCGCUCGAUACAAUUUAAAAAGGAUGGCAUAUAGGAAAAAAUCUAAGUAUAUAUAAAUAUAUGUGUAUAUGAAAUGACACUCUAGGUUUAUUUAAAAGAUUUAAUGUAGAAAACAAAAUGAACUUGUUGAGGGGAGGUUGGGGUUUGAUGUGAGUUUAACUGUUUGUGGUGAAGACUUCAGCUCGACUCUUGCACAUAAAGACUUACUAGAGAUAUUGUACCUGCGAGUUCCAGAUGAUUAUUUUUGUUUGAAUACCAGACUCUUGGCUCUUUCAUAUUUAUUGCGUGCGAGGGGGGCCCUGUGGCUCCGUCUCUCCUCCACGUGUCCGAGCGGGCGGCCGACAGCUCGCUGUAGAAAAUCCUCCGGUUUACACCCAUCAAGAACUCUUCUCUAUGUCUUCAGAUGCUACAGACAAACACAAAUACUACUGCUUUUGGGUUAUUGAAAUUAAGGUCAUGAUAAUACUGAUUGGUAAUAUUAUUCAGUGAUUAUUAAAGAAAAAGUUUUAUUUUAUUCCUAUGAUUUUUUUUUUUUUUUUUUGGUUUAUGAGACAGGUAGAAAGUUGCGUGUUGGACUGCUUGUAAAAACAGUUCAUGAAUAAAAAUCCUUUUUCCG